GGGUCACACAGCAUUUACAUCACAAUUGCACCAGAGUCUUAAAAUGUCUGGCCCUCUCCCUCCCCACCACCCGCGGCCGUGUCCCGACAGAGAAUGUUCUAACGCUGGGGGCGGCUGCGGAUGAAGUGCUGGGGGAGAAAAGGAGCAGGCCAAGGGCGAUGGUGGCGUAGAGCUGCCUCGUAGAGGCAGCAUGAGCUGAGAGGGUGAUAGGAGGAGGCGCUGGACAGCAUGGAGGACUUUCUGCUCUCCAAUGGAUACCAGCUGGGCAAGACCAUUGGGGAAGGGACCUACUCAAAAGUCAAAGAAGCAUUUUCCAAAAAACACCAAAGAAAAGUGGCAAUUAAAAUUAUAGACAAGAUGGGAGGGCCAGAAGAGUUUAUCCAGAGAUUCCUGCCUCGGGAGCUCCAAAUAGUCCGUACCCUGGACCACAAGAACAUCGUCCAGGUGUAUGAGAUGCUGGAGUCUGCCGAUGGGAAAAUCUACCUGGUAAUGGAACUGGCCGAGGGAGGGGAUGUCUUUGACUGCGUGCUGAAUGGGGGACCACUGCCCGAGAGCCGAGCCAAGGCCCUCUUCUGUCAGAUGGUUGAGGCCAUCCGCUACUGCCAUGGCUGUGGUGUGGCCCACCGGGACCUCAAAUGCGAGAACGCCUUGUUGCAGGGCUUCAACCUGAAGCUGACUGACUUUGGCUUUGCCAAGGUGUUGCCCAAGUCGCACCGGGAGCUGAGCCAGACCUUCUGUGGCAGCACAGCCUAUGCCGCCCCUGAGGUGCUGCAGGGCAUUCCCCACGAUAGCAAGAAAGGUGACGUCUGGAGCAUGGGUGUGGUCCUAUAUGUCAUGCUCUGUGCCAGCCUACCUUUUGAUGACACAGACAUCCCCAAGAUGCUGUGGGAGCAGCAGAAGGGCGUGUCCUUCCCCACUCAUCUGAGCAUCUCGGCCGAAUGCCAGGACCUGCUCAAGAGGCUCCUGGAACCCGACAUGAUCCUCCGGCCUUCAAUUGAAGAAGUUAGUUGGCAUCCAUGGCUAGCAAGCACUUGAUCAAAGCAAUGGCAAGUGCUCCCCAAUAAAGUAGGGGGAGAAAGCAAACUCAAAAACCCGCUUCUAAAA